AUGGUAAGUUUUGAAUUGAAUUUUACAAUACACCGAACUUCAAAUUUCAGAAAGCGCUACUUCUCCUCUUCUGUCUCGCCGUGUCAGUGAACUGCGGUUGUGAUGAGAACAACGUUGAAUCUGUUUUGGGUAUCUUGAAGUAGAAACUCUUAUUCUAUCUGAAAAUCUAUUUUCAGACAAGUACCGUAAUCAAGAAAUCAGCAGCUAUGCCGCCGAACUUGAGGGAGACGAUUUGAUCGACUACGUCAAUGACGCUCAGAAUCUGUGGACUGUAAACGCUUCUUGAUGACAUUCUUUCCAAAAAUAUUUUUUUAGGCCAAGAAGCAAAGAAGAUUCACGUCAGUGUACGGCGAGAACGACAAAGCCAAGUGGGGAUUGAUGGGUGUCAAUCACGUCAGACUUUCCGUUAAGGUACGUUUGAAAAAUGUCAAUCUGAAAAGGCUCUUUCCACAUAGAAAACGCAUUUAUGUUUUGAAAGAUUGACAGAAAUAGAUUGUAUUCGGUUAUCAGGCGCAUGUAAAUACUCUUACCAAAAUGUCAGGUGACAGGUGAUUGAGUUAUCAGCCUUGUUAUGUUGUGCACACACCACAAACUAAACAUGUUGGAAACAUUUGCAGGGAAAGCAGCACCUCUCAAAGACUAAGGAUCUCGAUAUGGCCAUUCCAGAGAACUUUGACUCUCGUGAGAACUGGCCAAAGUGUCAAUCCAUCAGGAACAUCAGAGAUCAGUCUAGCUGCGGUACAAUAGACUAGAAAAAGGACAAAAAGAUUAAUCGCUGUUUUGUUUUCAGGGUCAUGCUGGGCUUUCGGAGCUGUCGAGGCCAUGUCCGACCGUAUCUGCAUCGCUUCUCAUGGAGAACUCCAAGUAUCCCUGUCCGCUGAUGACCUUCUCAGUUGCUGCAAGACCUGUGGAUUCGGGUGCAACGGAGGAGACCCGCUCCACGCUUGGCGCUACUGGGUCAAGGACGGAAUCGUCACUGGAUCCAACUACACUGCCAGCUCCGGAUGCAAACCGUACCCAUUCCCGCCAUGCGAGCACCACUCCAAGAAGACGCACUUCGACCCCUGCCCACACGACUUGUACCCAACUCCAAAAUGCGAGAAGAAAUGCGUCAACGACUACACUGACAAGACCUACUCCGAGGACAAAUUCUACGGAUCGAGUGCCUACGGAGUAAAAGAUGAUGUGGAGUCCAUCCAGAAAGAGCUGAUGACUCAUGGACCACUCGAGAUCGCUUUCGAGGUCUACGAGGAUUUCCUUAAUUAUGACGGAGGUGUCUAUGUGGUUGGUUUCAUUGUGAUCUUCAUACUCUUCCUGAAACUGACACGUUUUGUUUGCAGCACACUGCAGGAAAGCUCGGAGGAGGACACGCCGUGAAACUGAUCGGAUGGGGAGUCGAUGAAGGAAUUCCAUACUGGACCUGUGCCAACUCGUGGAACACCGACUGGGGAGAGGACGGAUUCUUCCGCAUCCUCAGAGGAACUGACGAGUGCGGAAUCGAAUCCGGAGUCGUCGGAGGAAUCCCAAAGCUGAACAGCGUCACUUCGCGCCUUCACAGGUAUGUAUUAGUGGCGGAUGAUAGCGACUAGCGGGAAAGGGUUUAUCUCCCAAUCUUCACUGACAUUCUCUGUUUUUUCCGUACUUUCAACGGGAAAUUGGGGAUAAAAUAUGAUGUGAUCUCAUGAUUGGCCCUCCGGAAAUCCGUUGUUUCAGACACCACCGCCGCCACGUGCAAAUCGACGAGGACUCCUUCUAA